UUGUAUUGAUGUCAAAGAAGAAACAGUUUUCUGUUAAUGGGAGUUGAAGGCAUGAAAUUCCUAUCAAUUAUCAUAUUAGAUAAAGUUCCUUGUUUUUGCUGGCUGGCCCCUCUUUAUGUGGCACCCAUAAUAAGAAGUGUUUAAAAAUAAAAUAGAAGAAUAUCUUGCUAUGGCCCACCUUGCAUAGGGAGUCGCCCAAAUUUGGGUGAAUUAAAUGUUAAAAAUAAAUAAAUUUGAAAUAAUGUAUGGGCUGACCCAAAAUUGGCAUGAAAGGUGCAUAUACAUCAAAGGUUUGCCCCUUUGCAAUAAGACAUGUCAUUGCAAUCUGGUCGCCCUCUUUUGAGAUCUAUACGUUGAAGCAUUUUUAGAUCUAAUUCAUGUUGGUAGCAGAAUUAAGCAGAUGGUCUUGCCAUAGUCUUGCCUUUAAAUCUGCUACCAUCACGAAUUAGAUCUGCUACCAUGGCAAAUUUAUGAGCAGAAAUAAAAGGUUAAUUAAGCAGAUUUAUAAAAAGUUUUUAAUGCAAUAUCUUUCAUUCAUUAGCAGACUUGUAAGCAGAUCUGAAGUUAUUAAAAUCAGAUUUUAAGGAAGUGUUUAUGUAGAUCUUAAGAAGGUCAUGAGAAGAUCUUAAGAAGUUAUAUGAGCACAUCUAAAAGGUGAUUUAUAGCAGACCUAUAUGCUGAAUUAAGAGCAGAUCUGCAAGGGAAGAUUUAUAGCAGAUUCAAGGCAGUCUUAAGGUAGUUUUGGGGAGAUUUGUUUUAAGAAUAUUCUGCUGGAAGAGGCAGGUGCCUUUCAAAUUGAAAAGAUUGUUGUCUCCAGUGGGUUGGUGCCUAUGAGUCAUCAAGUGGGGAUUGGUAUUCCUAUGGGUUGGUGCCUACAAAUUUUUUAAGAAGGUUUCACACAAGUAAUAUUUUGCCAUGGUUUUCUCCUGUAAGGGUUUCCAUGUAAAAUCCUGUGUCUCUUAUGUGUGUGAAUUUUUAUGUCAUGCGAUCCUAUGUUAUUGCUAUUAUGCAGUUGAUAUGCUUAUGGUAUUAAGUUUGAAAAAGUAAAAAUAGACUUAUACUUGUUCACACCCCUAGUAUAAGCGUGUAUGUUUCUUCAAUUGGUAUCAGAGCCGGUUCCUUCGAAAAUAGCCUAACUGCUUAAAUGAAGAUCUCAAGAACACACAUGGCAUGCCAAGAAGGUUCCUCUCUAAAUUGUGCUCUAUUGUUCGAUGAAACUAACUAUGCCUUUUGGAGCGUAAGGAUGCACACAUAUUUAAUGUCUCUUGGAUUGAUAUAUGGCAAUUGGUUGUCGAUGGCUAUGUGACACCAUCUCCUCCAUCGAUGGAUCAAGUCGAAAAUAGGCAAGUGAAAAUAAUGCUAAAGCAAUGAAUGCAAUUCUAGUUGGCCCAUUUGAAUCAGAAUUUGUCAAAGUUAUGCAAUGCACAUUGCUAAAAGAAAUGUGGGACAAGCUUCAAAAAACCUAUGAAAGAGAUGACAAAGUAAAGAAGACCAAUCUCCAAACCCAUACGAGACAAUUUGAGGAUUUGAAGAUGAAGGAUGAAGAAAAUAUUGCAGCCUAUCUCCUUCACGUGGAUGAAAUUGUCAACAUUAUAUGUGGUCUUGGAGAGAAGAUUGAGGAUGAAAUAAUUGUGCAAAAGGUAUUAAGAUCUCUUCCCAUGAGAUUUGAUGCAAAAGUUUUCACCCUCAAAGAAAUGAAGGAUCGAGACAUCUUGAAGAUGGACGAAUUGAAUGGAAUUAUCACGAAAUACAAUAUGAGGACUGAGAAGAAGACAUCAAAGUGAGAAGCCACUUUCAAAGCAUCUAAGUAGAUGAAGAAUAGAGAACUCAAAUCAAGUGAAACUUCAAGUGAUGGAGAAGAAGCUCACUUUUUGAGGAAGCUUAAGAAAAUAUCCAACAAGCACAAAGGUAAGUAUACUCAAAAUGCUUCAAUUGUGUUAGUAUAGGUCAUUUUUCUACUAAGUAUCCACAAGUUGAGAGUGAAAGUAGUGAGGAGGAAGAAGAUUAUAGAAAAAGAAAAGGAAGGAAACAUCAACAUAACAAGAAAAAGUACACAUGAGGGAAGCAUGAAAAGAAGAAGCUUUGAAAGCAUAAGAUGACCCUUUACAUCCAAGACGAUAAUAGCUCAUUUGAAGAAAGUGAUGGUAGCUUCUCUUAUAGUGGUAGAGAAGAGAUUCUAUUCAUGGCAAUAGAAACAAGAGAUGAUGCCUCAGAAUGUGAAGACAAAGAAAAAGAAGAGGAAUUAAAAGGAGAAGAGGAUGCCAUAGAAGAUUUGGAGGAAGAACUCAUUUGUGCCUUGGACGAAAUCAAAAAAUUUAAAAAGAAGAAUUCAAAGCUAAAACUAAAAAUUCAAGAGGAUGAUGAAUUUAAGGCAAAUCUAUCUCAAGAUCUUGAAGAAUCAGAAAGGAUGAUCAUGGAUCUGAAAAUUCAAAUUGAGGCCCCCUACUUCUCCAUCUUAUAGCGAUUUUCCUGAUAUCGUGGUAGAGAGCCACCCAUUCUUGGACCCAAUUAGUGAAGAACCUGUUAUUGUGAAGAGAAGCAAGGGACCAUUAGAGAGAGCAUUUAAGAAUGAUGCUAGAGAGAUUGCAGAUCAAUCCGUUGGAAGAUGUCUAUAUGCAAACGGUUUGUCAUUUAAUGUGGUACGAUCACCAUAUUGGCAGGAUAUGUUGAAAAAGGUAAAUGAGGCUCCACAAGGGUACACAGGGCCAGGUUAUGAGAAGGUGCGUAGCACCUUACUAGCAAAGGAGGUAAAAAACAUAGACAAUGCAUUGGCUCCCAUUAGAAAUUCAUGGAAACAAACAGGGGUGUCCAUCAUUUCAGAUGGAUGGAAGGAUACCAAAAAUCGGCCAUUAAUUAAUGUAAUUGCAGUGUGCCCUAAAGGGGCAAUGUUUCUGAAAGCUGUGGAUUGUGAGGGACAGAUGAAGGAUGCACAAUUUAUUGCUAACAUCCUUAUACAAUGCAUUCAGGAUGUGGGACCUCAAAAUGUUGUCCAAGUAAUAACGGACAAUGCAAAGAAUUGUAGAGCUGCAGGUAUGUUGAUUGAGACACGGUUUGAACACAUAUUUUGGACACCUUGUGCUGUCCACUCUCUCAACCUCAUGCUACAAAAGAUAGGCAGGAAAAUAGAUUGGAUCAAACAAAUUUAUGUUGAGGCUGAAGAGAUCCAAAUGUUCAUCACAAACCAUAACAUGUCACAGGCCAUUUUCAGAUCAUUUUCACAGUUGGAGUUGCUAAAGGUUGCCGAGACCCGAUUUGCAUCCAACACAAUCGUCUUGAGGCGACUUGUGAAGGUGCGACAGCCACUUGCUAGCAUGGUAAUUAGUCAAAGUUGGUCCCUAUGGAGGCAAUCCAAUACUGAAAGGGCAGCAAAUGUAAAGCGCAUGAUCCUAGAUGACACUUGGUGGGAUCGAGUGGAAUAUCUUUUGAGUUUCACUGAGCCCAUCAUGAGUAUGAUCCGUUAUACUGACAUGGAUCACCCAUGUUUGGGAGAGGUAUAUGAUGGCAUUGACUCGAUGAUUGAGAAAAUGAAAGCCAUCAUCAAUGCAAAAGAGCAAGAUCCCGAAGAAACUUUCUUCAAAGAGGUUCAAUCAAUUUGUGUUGAGCGGUGGAACAAAAUGACCACCCCACUACAUCUUCUUGCAUUUGCAUUGACUCCCAAAUUUUAUAGUGAUGAAAUGCUUGCUAAGCCAUCAAGGGUACCACCAUAUAGAGAUUCAGAAGUCAGUGAAGGGUGUAGGACAGCACUUACUAAACUCUUCCCAGAUUCUGAAAUGGAGGAUUUAAUGACAAGUGAGUUUGCUGAUUUUGUAGCCUCCAAUGGUCAAAGUGUUUCCGCUCUCCGUGACAAGUAUAAAAAGGAUUCUCAUGCUUGGUGGUACCUCAAUGGCCAUACAUCACCAAACCUUCAAACUCUUGCAAUCAAAGUUUUAUCGCAAGUUGCUAGUUCCUCUUCAUCUGAGCGAAAUUGGAGCACAUACUCCUUUAUCCACUCAGUGAAACGCAACCGACUGGCAGCAAGUAAGGCAGAAGAGCUCGUUUAUGUGCAUUCAAACUUGCGCCUUCUUACUCAUAAACAAAAUGAGUAUAAGGAUGGGAGCACAAAGUUUUGGGAUGUAGAUCCAGAGCGAACUGAUUUGGAUUUUUCAGCUGCCACACAAUCUUUACUUUCUGGGGAGUCUGAUAGCCAAUGUGCUGCUAGUGCAAGUGGCAGUGAGGCUGCAUGUGGUUCCAGUACUCUACCUACAUCAUCUAAUGUCAAUGAUGAUGUUGAUCUUGAUCUUCCUAGUGACCCAUAUGAUGCUAUUGCUGAUUAUUAGUUGUGUCAUUUUAUUGUUGAACGGUUGAGCCAGUGAACAAUGAAUUCGAUAUCUAUCAUAACAUUCAAAGUUUGUAAUUUUGUUAUAGACUUAUAGUUAUAUCAAUAUGAAUCAUAUAUGAUAGUUCCAA